GAAUUUCAAAUCAAAGUUAAAUAAGUCUAAAAAAGAAACCGCUUUAAACCGCUUUACUUUAAACACACUCUCUCUCUCUCUCUCCAUCUCUAUAAAUAAAACCCUAAAACAAAAAUUACUCAAUUUUGUAAUUGUAAACAAAAAUUCAGGGUACAACUGAGCAUAACAUGAGUACCCGAGAUAGAAGGGCACAACAAAAUAAGCGUACAAGGUCCAACUCGAGAAGAAAUACCGUGCUAAAUGUGGAUCUAAAUGCUGCACCACAAGGUGAGAACGGAGAUCAGGAAGUAACUUCUACUCAUGCUGUGUCGGGGGAUACAACAAAUGGACAAAGAGGUGCCUCUUUGACACCUGCAGCAAUUGACGUUGAGGCACUUGAUGAUGAUGUGAUUAUAUCAUCCCCUAGGGCAUUUGCAGCAGCUAAGAACAACUCCAGAAGGAAUCAAGGACGGGUUAUUGUGCUUGAUGUGGAUUCCGAGGACCCUGCGCCUAGGGGUAGCAGUCGCGACAAGCGUAGGAGGGCCUCUACAAAUCAAGCAACGACCAGUGGUAAUGUUCCGAUAGACCUAGAAGGACAUAACUGUCAAAAGAGAGUCGAUCUAAAAAGUGCAAUACCACCACCACCAAAAGAGCCUACAUUUAGCUGUCCAGUGUGCAUGGGUCCAUUAGUCGAGGAGAUGUCGACUAAAUGUGGUCACAUUUUCUGCAAGGCGUGCAUAAAAGCAUCCGUUGCUGCUCAGGGUAAAUGUCCUACGUGUAGGAGGAAAAUGACUAUGAAAGACACCAUAAGAGUGUAUCUUCCCACCACAUGUUAAGCCAAAAGGAUUUGGCUAACAUAUACAUGACCUCUGGAGGAAGUGUGUGACAUUGAGAGUUGAAGAGGGAAGUAUGGCUGGAAACACUUUUGUUCAGUAAGUUUUAGGUCACAUUUAGUGAUGUAAUAUUUUAAUCUGUACCUUUAAAAGAUGUUUGUAAUUAGUAAAUGGAUUUAAGCUAUAUGCAUUGACAUUCAUCUAUUUACAUUAGUGUAAUAUACCUUGAAGAAAGUCUAUAUGAACCAUUCUGCAAAUCCCUGCUUAGGGGCUCC